GCUUACCGUUGUUUUGGCUCGAGUGGAAGUAACGCGACCUCGGCCAGCCGUUCGUUUCGUCGCCUCGCUCCGUCGUCGUCUCCAGCGCCGCCCUCGUCUGCGCCUCUCCUUUCGGUUGCUUCCCGAGGAAGUGUCAGCGGAGUCCUCCCUCGGCGAUCAUGGCCGCGGAGGCGGCGGAAGAGAAACGUCAACCAAGGACGAGGCCCAGAUCCAGGCUCAUCGUCCGCCUCGCCGGGUUCCUCGUCGCCCACAGCGUUCUCGUCAGCGUGGUGUGUGGCAUAGCGGGGUCGAUCGCUUUCCUCCUCCUCCCUUUACUGGCCAAGAACACUUACGUCUCCGAGAACGCGCUGAUGCCAGGUUCUGCCAAUCCAAUGUUUUCUUCUCAGGAUGUACUCGAAGCAAACAGAUUUGUCGAGGAAAUGAUUGAUAAAGAAAACACAAAAGCUACAGGAAUAGAAAUAGCAAAAUUGAUAGGUCAGCAGAUGGUGGAUGUGGGUGCUGAAUUGUAUUACCACAAAUUCCAACCUCAUGCCAAUCAGUUCCAUCCUCUUCAUUUUUUCUCUUCCAUCACUAAUACUUUGGAGAUGCAAGAUAACUCUAGCUGCACAUCAUUUGGUCUCAAUUCUGUUGGUAUUAUACGAGCGCCUCAUGGUGAUGGGAAAGAAUCGAUUGUGUUGGUAACUCCUUACAAUGCAAAGAAUCUCAGACAGGAUGAAGCCUUAUCACUAGGGCUUGCCUUCUCAAUUUUCUCACUUCUUAGCAGAGUUACAUGGCUUGAAAAGGAUAUAGUUUGGUUAGCUGCAGAUUCCAGAUAUGGAGAGUAUAUAGCAGUUGAUACUUGGCUAAAAGACUACCAUAAUCCUUCUUUCCUUAGUGAUUCAGGGAAGAUAGUUGCUGGUAUAUGUUUUGAAGAAAAUAUUCACCGUUUUAUGGAUCAAUUAAAGGUUAAUGGACCAAAGUGUAAUGUUUUUAAGCGUGCUGGAACUAUGGCUGUUGCUCUUGUAUUUAAGAUCGUGGACAAGGAGGAAGAAAGAGAUUGUGUUACUAUACAUGCAGAGGCAUCUAAUGGCCAGAUGCCUAAUCUUGAUCUUAUUAGUAUUGUUCGUUAUUUGGCAGUUCACAGACAAGGUCUGCAUGUAAAGAUUGAAACCAUGCAAUCAUUACUUAAAUCUGCAUUGCUCAAGUUUAUUGGUGAAAUGCUGCAAUGGUUUGGUAAACUGGCCAAACAAUUUAAUCCAAAAUGGAAAUUUGAUAUUACAGCUGCCAAAUAUGUUCAAGGCACUGCUACUCUUGCAAGCUCAAUUUAUUAUCAGGCCAUUGGUGUGCCAACUGGGUCCCAUGGGGCUUUCCGUGAUUACCAAGUGGAUGCAGUUACUCUUGAGCUCUCCCCCAGAUUCCCUCUUAAUAAUGACAACAGUCGAUAUGCAUUUCUUCUUAGGAGUGGCAGGUUAAUUGAAGCAGUCAUCCGCUCAGUAAAUAACCUUCUCGAGAAGUUUCAUCAGUCAUUUUUCCUCUAUCUCUUAACAGCUCCUCAUAAGUUUGUGUCUGUCGGAGUUUACAUGAUUCCAUUUGCACUGCUAAUAGCUCCUCUUCCAAUAGUCGCUGCUGCUCUCUUUUCUCGUAGUGAUAAAUUAGGGCUUUCAGCAGAUGAAAUGAACCCAGAACCUGGAUGUGCCAGUCACGCAGAAAUCAGCUCUGGAUCAUGGAAAUGGCUUCAAGCUGCAAAAGUGGUAUUCAUGAUUCACUUGUGGGGGAUCAUCGUGUCAUUGCUGCCGAGCAUUCUUUCCCAACUCCCCCUUACAAUCCCAACAAAUCUCAUGUUAGUUUGGGCUGCAAUAGCCAUCGGAACCCUGCUGAUCUGCUACCUGGUUUUGGGCACUUGUUCCACCCAUUGUGGAUGGGAACUUCUGAAAUCUGUGAUGAUUGCUGCUGCUUCAAUGGGUCUGAGCUUAAUGUCAGUCAUCAAUUUCUCAACUGCACAGACUGGGGCCAUGCUGAUUGUUCCAAUGUGUUUGUUAGUUCAACCUCUGAGGAAGCAGGUGGAGGAAAGUGUUUGUCUCAGGUCAGCACUACUGGUGAUCUGCAAUUUAGCUCUGGUUGUGGUUGGGUUUCCAACAGUUGCAUUACUGACAUCUAGAGGUGCGUUUGAGGAUUUUGGAAAGACAAGUAUCGGUACCUUCUGGGAAUUGUCACAGCUCUUAUGGUCAUGGAACAGCGCCACUUAUCUGUACCUACUAUGGAUUCAUCUACCUUGUUGGGUUCUUUGCUUGCAUAUUUUGCUCUAUCCAUGUAUCGGGAGGUCAUCCAAACCAUGAACAUUUUUUUGAAGCCGUUGAUAUUGUCAUAUUAUGGGAUCACUCAGUUGCAGAGCAAAUACUGGAGAAUUCUUGUUAUACAAAGCCACUCAAGCUCAUUGGAAAAAUGCAUGGAGUUUUAGCAAAAGCUAUUCAUCUCGUGCCACUGAAGAAUUGUACGAAAAAGAUUUCCCUUUCAAGAUGACUCCAGAGAGAAAAAGAGGUUCUAAUUGUUCUGACAGAGCAUUAUUUUGAUUCGUGAUUUGACACUAACUGUUUAGAUUUUGAUAUUUGCUGAUCCAUUGCUCGCCCUUUCAACUUGUUGAA